CGCUUCAUCGGUGGAAUUGAAUUAUUAGUGGAUUUGUUCUUACCUGCCAUUCAAUAAUUCAAUCGUCUGGUGCCCAGCAGUUCAUAGAUCCGUGAACCUGCUAGCUUCCCUUCAUCAUCUACUUUAUUUUCAUGACCUAACUCGUCAUAGACUCUUGCUGGUAUCAGUUCGCUGUCCCUAAGCUUAAGCACUCCUCACGAAACUCUCUCAAUUGUUCUAUCACUCUGCGACAAUGGAAUGCUGUGUAAUGGCGACGCUGAAAACUCAUUCUCUAUGGUUUAGUUUGCUUUUCGCUGUGGGUUUACUCUCCCUUUUGAGAACCUUCUUAGCUUUUCUGAGAUGGGUGUAUGCCAAUUUUCUCAGGCCCCCAAAAAAUCUUAUGAAGUAUGGAUCUUGGGCACUCGUCACUGCUCCCACAGAUGGCAUUGGCAAGAGUUUUGCUUUUCAGUUGGCUGGUGCAGGGCUUAAUCUGGUUUUAGUGGGUCGGAAUCCUGAAAAGUUAAAGGAUGUUUCCGAGUCGAUUCUAGCUAAGUUCGGGAAAACCCAGAUUAAAACGGUGGUGGUUGAUUUUACUGGAUACCUUUCCGAGGGUAUGGUCAAGAUUCGUGAAGCCAUUGAAGGGUUAGAUGUUGGAGUCUUGAUUAAUAAUGUUGGGCUCUCUUAUCCUUACGCGAGAUACUUGCAUGAAGUGGACGACGAGCUGCUCCGGAACAUGAUUAAAGUCAAUGUAGAAGGAACAACAAAAGUCACACUAACUGUUCUUCCUGGUAUGCUCAAGAGGAAGAAAGGAGCAAUUGUUAAUAUAGGUUCUGGAUCAUCAGCUGUGAUUCCUUCGGAUCCCCUUUAUGCUGUUUAUGCUGCCACAAAAGCAUACAUAGAUCAAUUCUCGAGGUGUCUAUAUGUUGAGUAUAAGAAAAGUGGGAUUGACGUCCAGUGUCAGGUUCCAUUACAAGUGGCAACAAAGAUGGCAUCAAUAAAGAGAUCUUCAUUUUUUGCGCCAUCAAGUGAUGAAUAUGCGAAAGCCGGCAUGCGGUGGAUUGGGUACGAGCCUCGUUGCUCACCUUACUGGACUCAUUCCAUUCUGUGGGCAUUGGCUGCGUCAUUGCCUGAGUCUCUGGUCGAUUCUUUGCGUCUCUGGUCCUGCCUUCGUAUUAGAAAGAGAGGACAGCUCAAGGAAGCAAGGAAGAAGGAAUAAACCAAAACAAAAACCUUUAAACAUACUAUAAAAUAUGUUUUUGUCUGUAUUUGUAUUACCAUGUUCAUGAUUUGUAAUCUUCAAUGAAGAGAAAUGGUAUUGGAUUUGAGGAAGGCCAUAAGAUGCUCUGUAUCUACGUGAGGCAUCUGAAGAUCAAAGUUCAGAAAGAUAUUAAGGUUUGGUGUUGAGGGAGAAAUGACAUUGUUCCUAAGUUUUGAUU